UAACCACAGUGUGUUGACAACCCACUAUGAACAUGACUGGCCUGUUUUUCUAAGGAAAUCCCCGUGUAGUGAGUGGGCGAAGGGGAAGUGGGUAAUGUUUGUGUGUGUAUAUAAUGAUCCCAAACGCCGGUCAGCAGCAGGAGUCUCACUGGAGGAGUCGGUAUGAAGCUGCUGUCUAUCAUCAAAGCUUUGGGGUCUGUGUGUCUGCUGUGUGUGGAUGGAGCUCCAGUUUCUGAGGAUGAAUCUCCAGAGAUCAUCGGGCCGAGUCAUGUCCAGAUCAAAGCUCAUCCAGGUGAGCCACUCCUCCUUCACUGUAGUGCAUUUACAAACUGUGAGGAUGAUGCGAGUCUUAUCUACUGGCUCGUCAAUGACACUUUCCCUGAGGAAUCGCUCAGCAGCGACAGAAUAGUGGAAUCAAGCGAAUCAUCUUUGGAGGAGGGUGCAGUCCUGCAGAGGAGUUUGCUGUUGAAGACUGUCACCUCAGAGGAUCUCAAAUCCAACUUCACAUGCGUUGUGACAAAUGCCAUGGGAAUGGCCCAGAAGUGCAUAACAUUAACAGCAAAGACUGAUGGUUCUUACUGUAACUGACAGAAAACACACAGAAUAACGCUGCAGUAAAAAAGUGGAUUUCUGUGUGCAGGGUUAAAUCUCGCAGAAAAUCGCCAAGAGUUAACGUAUGUGAAAUUGUUGCUUUUGUGUUGUACUGAAAUCUGGGCUGCAUUUGGUUAUGGCAAGUCUUUACCCUUUGAUAGAUUACCUUUACGUCGGCCAGGAACUGUAAAAAUGACUUGUGGAACUAAUAAUACAAGGAAACCAGUCAACAGGUGGACACUAGGACCCCCUCCUCAUCCAAAGAAACAUCCAGAGACAACACUUUAUGAAACUGAACAUACCCUUGUUAUACGUACAUGCAGUAAACUGUCUACAUUACUAUGACUCUACAAGGUCCUUUUGAGCAAUUCCAGAUUGAUACUGAAUGUUGCACCAGUAAUUUGCUAGUUAUUUUCUAUAUUAGUGUAUCUUUGUACUGUUUGCUGACAGAAAUCUUAACUUUGUAUACUUUUGAACAAUAGUGAGAAUUUACAUUAUCAAUAAAAAAAUCUUUCACAAACUCAUGUAUAUGCUGCUGACAAAUCA